AGGAUCAACCUUUACAUGAAGCCCCAAUUUCGAAUUCGCAGUCGCUCUCUCUCGUCGCAGCCCUUCGUUCUCAGAUCAAGCGAAAUGGCAGGUCACAAGUUUGCUCAUGCCACAUUGAAAGGUCCAAGUGUUGUCAAAGAGAUAUUGUAUGGAUCAGUGCUUGUUUUGGCUUGUGGAAGUCUGUGGAAAAUGCAUCACUGGAAUGAGCAGAGGAAAGUGAGGGCGUUCUAUGACUUGCUCGAGAAGGGUGAAAUCAGUGUUGUCGUUGAAGAAUAGUUAUUCGCGGUUCCGACCAUGAAUCCAACACCCAGUUAAUCAUUUCUGACUCCGGGAGACA